AUGGACGCCGGAGCUGCCCUGCGCCGCGCUGCUCUCCUGCUCUCCCGUGUGUCCUCCACCACCACCGCAGCUGCCUUUUCCGCCGCUCCCUUCUUCCUCGCGCAGAAUCCCUGCCUCCCUUGCCUGCCUCUUGAAUCUCUCCUCUUUCUCCCUAAAAAUCGUUUCUUCUUUCUCCCGCCGCAUCUCCUACUCGCGCCCACCCCGUCCCUCCUAGCAUUGAUGGAAGAAGCGUGGCGGCCCUUGGCUCGGCGGUCGGCUACGCUGCCUUCCGCCCCCGCCUCCCCCCGGCGCCGCCGCCUCGGCACCCGUGGCGUGGGGUGCGGCCAUGAUGGCGCGCCGGGAGACGGUGGCCAAGGAGUUGUCCGCGCAGGCGGUGAGCCGGAUCGUGUCCAGCUGUGCCAACUCGACCGGCCUGGCCCCCGUCCACCCAUCGUCGACGCCAACGCCGUCAUCUCGCUCGCCUCCACCGCGGGCCGGCUGGUCAAGAUGCCAGAGGUGCUCAAGGAGGUGCGCGACGCCACAUCGCUCUGGAGGCUCGCGCUCCUGCCCACCCCCGUCGAGACCAUCGAGCAAGAGAGUAGGGCCAGCUCGAACCGUGUGCACCAGGAAGAAGGCUAGCUCGAACAUUGUUUGGUGAAGCAAGCAGCUGAGCUGGUUUUGUUCUUGUCGCCUUGGAUUGUGCAGCGAUUGGAGGAGGACUUG